AUAUAAACACACCGUAGAAGCAACAGGUGGCUGAGGUGGGCGGUUCCCGUUUUCACGGUUUUUGUUUUAUUUUACGAAAUAUGCCUAGAUAUAGGCCCUACUAGAAUCUAGAAACUGGAUCUAGAUAAUAAAUAGGCCUAAUAAUAAUAAAUAUCUAUUUUUCAGUUGAUAGGCCUACUACUAAUUGUAAUUUACUAUACGCAUUUUACGAAUUUUGUCUCCUUGCUAGAGGAAUGGCAGAAGCUGGCUAUGGAACAUGGAAGUCUCCUAUCUCUAGUUUAUUGACAACUGAGAGUGGGGUAGAUUUUAUGAACUUGGUGGUGGAUGGUGACCCAGACUUCUCGGACCAGGUGUACUGGAAUGAAGUGCGGUUCAAUGAGCAAGGUCGCUACGUCAUCUGCUCAUGUGACCUAGAGGGAAAAAUAACCGAGUGGACACCAAAGGGAUUCAACGCUCGCUCGUUAGUUCAUGAGUAUGGAGGAGGAGACUUCUGUGUUUACCGUGGCACGGUCUACUUCUCCAACUUCUCCGACCAAGUUUUGUACAGCCAGGCCAGGCCACAGGAGGACCCGCAGCCUGUCACUGACAGCUCCAAGACAUUGCGCUACUCAGACGGCAGGUUUGCUGCUCAGAAAGGAAAAAUCUAUUGUGUACGAGAAGAUCAUGAGGUCCUUGAUAGCGGGAAUACAGAAGCCAGGAACUCUAUUGUUGCCAUCAACCCUGCCACAAAAACACAGACCGUUAUAGUAGAAGGAUCAGACUUCUAUGCAAGUCCCAGAGUCUCAGCAGAUGGCCAGCACAUUGCCUGGGUACAGUGGCAGCAUCCAAACAUGCCGUGGGAUAGUACUGAGAUCUGGGUGGCUAACCUGAGCCAGGACGGAGAUGCUAUUCAAGACGCUCAUAAGGUGGUGGGUGGCCAAGAUGGUUCUGGUCAAGACCUGAGUGUCAUGCAGCCCUCCUGGACACCAGAGAACCAGCUCCUGUAUAUUGGUGACCACAGCGACUGGUGGAACCUGUACGUGCUCACUCCAGGUCAAGGUCAUGUGAACCUGCAUGAAACCAAUGCUGAGAUAGGCGGGCCACAGUGGCAGUUGGGGAAACAGUCAUAUGCCCUGGAGCCUAAUGGGGGCAGUAGGAUUGUCACAUCUUUUAGAGGGGAGUUUGGGAUUGUAGACAUGAAGGAAAAAAGCUACAAGAAACUAGAGACUGGCUACGCUGUACAUGAGCAAUUGUCCUGGCCUGUAGCGGGGGCUGUGUACUGCAUUGCUCACAGCAGCUCCAACUUUCCACAGCUCAUCAAGGUUCAUGUAGACACCCUCAAGGUUGAAGUACUCCGAGUCUCCAUGUCCACAUCAGUAGAGCCAGGCUACUUGAGCAUCCCUUCACAAAUUGCCUGGCCAACAACUUAUGAUGAGAUUUGUUAUGGCCUGUAUUACCCACCUGUCAAUCAAGAUUACCACGCCCCCACAGGCGAGCUUCCCCCACUUCUGGUGCGUGCACACGGGGGCCCAACCAGCGCCUUCUCCACUGGUCUUGACCUUAAGCUGCAGUACUUCACCAGCCGAGGUUUUGCUGUGCUCUGUGUCAACUACAGAGGGAGUGUUGGCUACGGCAAGAAAUACCGGCACAGGCUCAGAGGACAAUGGGGUGUCCUGGACAUUGAUGACUGUCGUACAGGUGUGGAGUACCUGAUAGCGGAGGGCAAGGUUGACCCCAAAAGGAUUUGUAUUGAUGGGCGCUCAGCUGGCGGCUACACAACUCUAGCCUGUCUCACUUUCACAAACACAUUCAAUGUUGGUGUCAGUCACUUUGGUAUCAGUGACCUUGAGGCUUUAAUGAAGGACACUCACAAAUUUGAAAGUCGUUACCUGGAAACGUUGAUUGCCCCCUUAAGUGAGGAGGGCAAACAAAUCUUGAAGGCGAGAUCCCCCAUCCACCACAUCGAUCAGCUCAACACAGCUGUUGGCUUUUUCCAGGGGGACGAGGACAAAGUGGUGCCACCAAACCAGGCUCAGAUGUUUUAUGAUGCUGUCAGGUCUAAAGGACUUCCUGCCAUGUACGUCUUGUUUGCAGGUGAACAGCAUGGCUUCCGUAAAGCUGAAAAUAUCCAAACUUCAUUGGAUGGAGAGUUCUACUUUUUUGGGAAAGUUCUGGGCUUUGAACCUGCGGACAAAUGCAAAGAGCUGCCCAUAGUCAAUCUGUGAAGAGGGAGGACAAAUGACAUUUCUACACUCAGGCUUCUACAUGCUGGCAAACUUUUAGUCCAUUGAAUGAUUUAUUAAAAAUUAGGAUCACAUUCUCUGGAAAAAUAAUGAUAGCAGAGUAUCUAAAGAAAAUCAGUGCAGAAAAUCCAGUUAGAUUUUUAGUUGUUCAAGUCUUGUUACAAUGCUUGCAACAUUUUGUUUUCAAUUGUGCUUAUUUCUAUGUGUGAUUUGUGUUUGUUUACAAUUGUGCUUAUUUCUAUGUGUGAUUUGUGUUUGUUUACAAUUGUGCUUAUUUCUAUGUGUGAUUUGUGUGUGUUUACAAUUGUGCUUAUUUCUAUGUGUGAUUUGUGUGUGUGGAUGGUGGCCUGUGUCUAUGUGUGGUUUUUGUGUUAUUUAUUCAUUUAUUUAUUUAUUCAAUUACGGUAACAAUUGUAGGCAAGGAGGCCCUUUUUCAAAUUGGCCGUUUUAAAAUAAACAAAUAAAAACAACAAUUUAAUAACAGCAUUUCAAAAAAACAAAAAAAAACAAUAGCAUAGUAAUAGCAGUAACAUAGCACUAAAAAUGUGGAAUAAAGAAAUAAAAUUACAUAGUUAUAAAACAAGAUGAGAUAUAAUAAGAAUACAAUAGAUGAAUGAGAAAUGUUUCAAUGAGUCAGUUAGCGAGGUCACUAAAUAAUUGUUGUUUUAGUUUAGAUUUGAAUAUAUUUUCAUAGCUAGAUAGUUUUAUUUUAUUAGGAAGAUUGUUCCACAAAUUAGAACCAGAGUAGGCGAAGCUAUGUUUUUGGAAAAAAGUUGUAUAUGGAAACGGUAAUUUAAGACGACGAUUUAAUUUAAUGUUAAAAGAAAAGAGGUCUGAUAAGUAAGAGGGGGCUGUUUCGUGGAAUAUUUUAUAUAAGAAAAUUGCUUUAGUAUAUAUAAUCUUUUUAUUUAAUGGAAGUAUUUUAGUUGAAAUAAAAGAAUCAAUGCUACUAGACAAGCCAGUAACCAGUUUUAUAGCCUUUUUUGUAUUGAUAGUAGAGGACGCUGCUUAGUUAUAAAGAUGUUGGUCUUUGUCUCAAACCCAAUGGCUGGGGCUGCCCACCCCACCCCUGGGGCUGCCCACCCCACCCCGUGGAAAUGUUUUUAUUUCUUGAUCCACGUCCCACCCCACCCCGUGGAAAUGUUUUUAUUUCUUGAUCCACGUCCCACCCCACCCCUCUCUAAUAAUUGCUGAGCUCCCAUGUCAGAUGAUUUAAUUUGGAUAUUUAUAUGCUUUAUUUGACAUAUGACAUUCCUACAUGACAUGAUUGUAUGACACAUGAAAUAUCUAUACUAUAAUAAAGAAAGAGAUGUCAUUC